UAAGCGCGUCACCGCAAUCGACCAUCAGUUCCCCUCAAAAGCUGGGAAGCGAAAGACGUCUCUCGCUCUCCCUUCGACGUCACUCCAGUGCUGCCGCUCAGUCACUCCCUCAGGCCUCCUGUCGCCCAGAGCUCGCCCGUCAGAGGCAUCAUGAUGUCCUGCGCUAACUCUAAAUUUUCGUAUCAGAGGAUGUGGCUGCUGGCCGUGGUGGUCAUGGCCGCCCUCUGGAGCCUCAGUGUCCAGCGAACAGCGGCGAGGAUGAUCGACGAUGAGUGCCCGAACCUUAUUGGUAACAGGGACCUUUAUGAGAAAGUAGACUGGAUCUGCGAAGACUGUGCUAACAUCUUCCGCAAAAUCCGCAUGGGUUAUCGAUGCAGGAGGAACUGCUUCUACAACGAGGAAUUCACGUGGUGCAUCAGCGCGACGGAGAACACGGAACACAAGAAGGAACUGAUGCAAUGGGUCGCCAUCCUGAGGGCCACGCCAGAGAGGCACCGCUCUUUCUUGACGUCCAUCCAGGGAGGCGCUGCAAUUCGCCCUCAUGCUGACGACGGUACUGCUUACUGAGGCACUGAACCUCAUUAAACCUUUCACUGUUACUUGCCACAUCUCACAUUAUUCACUCACCAAUAGGAGACAUUUCUACAUGAGAUGUUCUACAGUCAUCAAACGAUAAAUUAAUUAGAAACUGGAAAAUCAGCCCUUUUAAUCCCUUCCUCACCCUUUUUUUUUUAUUUUCUUUUUUCGCUGCAAAGAUAUUUCGUGGGUUUAAAGGAAUGCCGUGCGACCUACAAGCGAUUUUUAGUUAUAUUCUAAUGAAAUAAUAAUUAACAGAGCUGCCUCGUCCCAAACUCUGCAUAUUAUGAUGAGCCUGAUUAGAAUAAACACAAAUGUCCUUCCUUCAA